UGUGGAGAUGCAGCACUAUAAUAACAACUACUAUUACUACUACAACUACAACCUUAGCUAUGAGCCGCCGGAGGAGCGAUCGAUGGGCGGCGUGGGGAAGAGGGGCGGCGGUCGCCUGCAGCGAUUGGUGCGAAGGACACGGUACGAGCUGCAGCAAUGGCCGCUGCUCCUGCAGCUACUGCUGUUCGUCCUGUGGCUAAAUGCCAAGUUCUGGCAGCUGGUCAACGAACAGGUGACCUACCGCCGCAGAAGGUGGCACUGAGGGGGCAAUGGAAUGGCGACAGUGAAGGCGACGGCGAAGGACAUCGGGUGCGCUGCUUGGUAUGAGUUCGAUCUAGGCUUAAGUUGUGAAAAUUAUGCCCGCACUCUUACAAUCUCAUCUCAAUAAAAUUAAUCAAAAUUCGCUGCGUAGUGGAAGCAGCGAACCACA